UGUCAUGAUGAGCGUCUCCUCCUCUCUUGUCAGCGCACACUUACUGGAACCGGCACACACACAACACCUUCAGCUCUGCGCUUAACAACAAGUUCAUCUAGAACAGCAGCUCUUGACAGGAUGAAGGCAGCGACUGUGUUGCUCGUACCUCUACUGCUUCCCUUGGUCUCUGCUCAGACAUUUCGUUGGGGACCCUGCCCAACACCAAUGGUCCAGCCAAACUUUGAACUAAACAAGUACCUCGGAAAGUGGUAUGAGAUCGAAAAGCUCCCAGCAUCCUUUGAGAAAGGCAAGUGCAUUGAGGCAAACUACGCUCUAAGACCCGACAACACCGUCCAGGUUCUCAACGUUCAGACCUACAAAGGAAAAAUUAGAAAAGCAGAGGGCACAGCAAUCAUUCAGGACCCGAAGGAGCCAGCCAAGCUUGGAGUCAGUUUCUCCUACUUCACUCCCUACGCCCCAUACUGGGUCCUGUCUACUGAUUACAACAGCAUAUCUCUGGUUUAUUCGUGCACUGAUGUUCUCCGGCUCUUCCAUGUGGACUAUGCCUGGAUCCUGUCACGCUCACGCAUUCUGCCCGCAGCGGCCAUCUACCACGCCAAGGAGAACUUCUCACGUGACAACAUCGACGUGAGCAAAAUGAUUCCCACAGAUCAGCAAGGAUGCGAUAGUCCUCUUUAAACAACGAAGACUUAAAUAUAUAUAUUUGGUGCCUUCACUUUUACUAAUAUUGGUGAAAACGGUUUGAGUUAUCAUUAUAAUUAUGUUGCAUAAAACCGUCUGUACCCAGCCAGCACAUGAUAUAGCCUAAUGAUUAUAUGCAUGUUGUAACUUUAAAAUGAAAUAAUGAAUAAAAUGCAUUGCCCUUCGCUUGUGAAGAUUUUGCUUAUGGAGUUCUGUGUCAUGUCAUUCCUAAGACAUUAUUUUAUUUCAUUAAAAAUAUUUGUUUUAUGAACGCUACAGUUUGAGCAAUUUGAGAUAUGCAUAUGUUUUCCGUAUUGUUUUUCUACGCUUUUCUGAAUCUUUUAUGUCAGUACAAAAGUUUUAUUGGGAUAUUUAUUGUAUUAAAAUGGAAUUAUGUUAUUGCAA